GUGAGGAAUGGUCAAAAAUUCCCAUAAACACACUCCUAAACCUUGUGGAAAGCCUCCCCAGAAGAGUUGAAGCUGUUAUAGCUGCAAAGGGCGGGACAACUCCAUAUUACAUUCAUGUACAUGGAAAGACAGACGUCCCAAAACUUUUGGCUAUAUAGUGUACAUUUAUGUUAACUUUUAAAAAAGCCAGGAAUGGAGAGACUGAAGAGGUGUAUAUAAAGAAAGAGAUGAUGGUCAGACAGUGCUGUGAGAGUUAUACAUCACACUCCUUCAUUCUGAAACAUGGGUACCUGCUCAAGCCAUCCCUUAUCUCCUCCUCUGCAGAGAGCUUCAUGCACAUCACGUCCUCUCAGCUGAAGUUCUGCCUCCAAAAGAACAGACCUAUGUUUUCAUACUUGUUUUAUUAUCUCGCUCUUUAUUCUUUUGCAUUUUUUAACCUGUCCUUUGCUUCACACUUUCAGAUUUGUUUGCUUGUCUGCUUUAAAUGUCUUGGUACUUUAAUUACCCUUCCACUCACCUGUUCUAACACACCUUGCUGAGGAAUUCUCACAGGGAAACACCGAAAAGUUUCAACCUCUCUCCUGAAGUUUACAAUGCCUCAGUUUCUGACCGUUCCUUUAUCUGCAAAGUGUAUGUCAUGUGGAACAGCAGCCACUUAAGGUUAGCAUAAACACACUCAUAGAGCUAAAGCUGAUACAGAGUAGGUGGACAGAAAGGUGGACUCGAGUGAAUGAGGGUCUGUGAAGGAAAUGGUGAGAGAGACACCUACAUUAAAAUCAGUGUAGUGUAUGUUUAAACAUACACCAGUUCGUAUAUUCUUUAUUAUAUAGUAUUUUUUAGAACUGGAAGAAGCUGAUGACAUAACACACAACACCUUACCUUAUUCACAGUCAUGAAGAUGAUCUAAACAUCCUCAGACUUGUAGCUCCACCCGCUCUCUCUGUCACACUCUGAAAGUUCCUUCUGAGAAAACUAACCUGGGAUCCGCAUACCUCUCUCUCUCUCUCUCUCUCUCUCUCUCUCUCUCCGUGUGUGAGUUCAGGAAAAUGGCUGAAGCCAGUAUUUCAGUAGAUCAGUUUUCAGUGGAUCAGUUCAUCUGUCCAGUGUGUCUGGAUCUCCUGAAGGAACCGGUGACUAUCCCCUGUGGUCACAGUUUCUGUAAGGUGUGUAUUAAUGACUUCUGGGAUCAGGAGGACAUGAAGGGUGUCUACAGCUGUCCUCAGUGCAGAGACACUUUCACUCCAAGGCCUGUUCUACGCAGGAACAACAUGCUGGAUGAAGUGGUGGAGAAACUGAAGAAGACUGAAGUCCAAGCUGCUUCUCCUGCUCACUGUUACGCUGGACCUGGAGAUGUGGAGUGUGAUUUCUGCACCGGGAGAAAACUCAAAGCCGUCCAGUCCUGUCUGAUUUGUCUGGCUUCUUUCUGUGAAACUCAUCUCAAACCUCACUAUCUAUCUCCUGCUUUGAAAAAACACACAUUAACUGAAGCCUCAGCAAAACUACAGGAGAAGAUCUGCUCUGAACAUGACAAGCUGAUGGAGAUCUACUGCCGUACUGACCAGACCUGCAUCUGCUUUAUUUGUGCGAUGGAUAAACACAGAGGACACGACACCGUCACAACUGCAGCACAAAGAGCUGAGAAAGAGAGUGAGCUACAGGAGCAGCAGAUGAAAUUCCAGCAGAGGAUCCAGGAGAAGCAGAAGAAGGUGCAGGAGCUGAAACAGACUGUGAACACUAUAAAGCUCAGUGCACAGACAGCAGUAGAUGACAGUGAGAGGAUCUUUACUGAGAUGAUCAGCUCCAUGGAGAAAAAGCGCUCGGAGGUGACGGAGCUGAUCAGAGCUCAGGAGAAGGUUGAACUGAGUCGAGCUGAACGACUCCUGGAGCAACUGGAGCAGGAGAUUGCUGAUCUUCAGAGGAGAGUCACUGAGCUGGAGCAGCUUUCACACACACACGAUCACAUCCAUUUCCUCCAGGCUUUAGCUUCUGGACGUCAGUCUCCUGAAAUACAAAGACCAGACUUUGACAGGUCCAGGCUCACUGCCCCUCAACAUCUGUCAUUUGAUGGAGUGAGGAAUUCUCUCUCAGUUCUGAAGAAGAGACUGGAGGCAUUCUGUGAAAAGGAAUUCUGUGAGGAGGAACUCAACAAGAUCCGUCCAGAUGCUACAGCAGUUCCUAAGACAGGUCCACCGUCCUGGCCAGAAAGCAGAGAAGAUUUUCUGAAAUAUUUCUGUUAUCUGACUCUGGAUCCCAACACGGCAAACUGUAACAUCAGACUGUCUGAGAAGAACCGAGCGGUGCGAUACACCAGGAAAAAGAUAACAUACCCUGAUCAUCCAGACAGAUUCGAAUGUUUCUCUCAGGUCUUGUGUAAGGACAGUGUGUGUGGACGCUGUUACUGGGAGGUGGAGUGGAAAGGGGAGGGUGUGUUCAUAUCAGUGUCAUAUAAAGACAUCAGCAGGAAAGGACUGGGUGAUGAGUGUGUGUUCGGACGCAAUAAUCGGUCCUGGAGUCUGUAUUGUUCUGCUUCUUCUCUCUCCUUCUAUCACAACAACAAUAAGACUGAUCUCAGAGUUCCAUCCUUCUCCAGGAUCGGUGUGUAUGUGGAUCACAGUGCAGGAACUCUGUCCUUCUACAACGUCUCUGACACCAUGAGACUUUUCCACAGAGUCCGCACCACAUUCACUCAGCCUCUAUACGCUGGCUUCUGGGUUGGUAUUCCAUCAGCUGUGAGGUUGUGUGAUCCAGAAUAACAAGCCUGUGUUUAAUGUGCAGAAACAUCUUGAAAAACAUGGAUGCAUAUUUCUUCAUUGAUGAUGAACUGUGGUGAAAUUAUAACAUUAGAUCAUAACCCACACUAUAUAACGUAACAUACAAAAAAAGUUCUUUAAGAUUUUAACAAAACACUGUGCUGGUAUAAA